UCAUUCACACAUCUAAAACACUUUGAAAAAAAACUAUAUUAUUUUCUCAGACAAUGGCUAACAAGAACAACAACAUUGUCGUUGUAUUUGAUUUCGACAAGACGAUCAUUGACGUGGAUAGCGAUAAUUGGGUCGUAGAUGAACUUGGUUUCACCGAGUUGUUCGACAAGCUUCUUCCGACAAUGCCUUGGAACUCUCUCAUGGAUAGGAUGAUGAAAGAGCUUCAUGAUCAUGGUAAAACCAUAGAUGAAAUCAAACAAGUAUUGAGAAGAAUCCCUAUCCAUCCACGUGUCAUCCCUGCCAUCAAAUCCGCUCAUGCGUUAGGGUGUGAGCUGAGGAUAGUGAGUGACGCGAACACGUUAUUCAUCGAAACGAUCGUUGAACAUCUCGAGAUUAGGAAGUAUUUCUCCGAGAUUAACACAAACCCUGGAGUUGUAGAUGAGCAAGGAAGGUUAAGAAUCUCUCCUUACCAUGAUUUCAACAAGUCUUCUCAUGGUUGCCCUCGUUGCCCUCCUAACAUGUGCAAGGGUUUGAUAAUUGAGAGGAUUCAAGCUUCUUUUACCAAAGAAGGAAAUAAGAUGAAGAUGAUUUAUCUUGGAGAUGGUGCUGGUGAUUACUGUCCCAGUCUUAGUCUCAAAGCUGAAGAUUACAUGAUGCCAAGGAAGAAUUUUCCGGUUUGGGAUUUGAUUAGCCAAAACCCGACCCUGGUUAAGGCUUCGGUUAGAGAUUGGACCGAUGGUGAAGCUAUGGAAAAGAUAUUAUUGGAAACUAUCAACGAGGUUAUAUUAUUAGAUGAAGAAGAGGAGAAGGAGAAGAUGUUGAGCUCUGAUCAUUGCAAAAUAUCUGUUGUUGGGAUUGUUCAUGAACCUUUGUUGCCUCUUUCUCUCCAAGUUCCUCUACACCUCGUUAAGUGAUUAAUCAAGAGAACAAAUUAAGAAUCUAAGAUUCUUUUUGUUUCGAAUAUAAUAUUAUUCUUCAUGUAAUCGAGAAAAAUGUAUAAGAUGCUGAAUGGUUCAUGCACGUACAUGUAGUACGUUGGAUUCCUAUUGAUGUAAUUCCCUUGGAG